AUGGAUAAUUCUAAUCGUAUGGUUGUAACAAUUGUUGAAAGUAAUAAAGAACUUUCGUCGAAAAUUAUUUAUUCUGACCGUCAUCAUGAAGAGUUUCGAAUAUCGUCACAGCAUAUUUCCAAAAAACAAAAAAGAGAUGACGAUUCAGACGACGAAUAUUCUCGCCGACUGCAUAAACAUCGCAAAAAAUCAAAUAACUUAAAGCAACAUUCUUCCGCUUUUAAACAACAAGAAAAUCCUGAUUCCAAUUAUUCUCUCACUUCUAAGAAACACAAAAUGCAAGAAGAAACUAAAUUCGGAAAAUCCCAAUGA